GAGCGUUGUCUGUAGGGCUGUUGCCGUGUGUCCUGGGUCGCCGCCCCCGCUGCCUCGCAGUGUCCGCCCCUCGCCUGCCUAGAGGAUACGGGCGACAGCAGGGCUCGGGGUGGUCGUGCAGCCGACAAACGUCUCCGCGAAGCCGUCCUUUCCAGCUGGCGGCUCUUCUCGGCCGAGUCCGGGUCGGGGAGGAAAAUGGCGCCGGCGCCCCGAGGCGUCCGGGAGGCGCCGCUGCUGCAGUGUCGGUGCGGACCCAUUUGCCGGCUCCUUCUCCUCGCCCAGGCCUUCCUCCUGCUGCCGGCCGCCCGGGCGGGCCUCUGCCCCGCGCCCUGCUCCUGCCGCAGCCCUCUGCUGGACUGCAGUCGCAGGAAACUGCCGGCGCCGAGCUGGAGGGCGCUGUCGAGCCCCCUGCCCCCCGACGCCGCCAGCCUGGAUUUGAGUCAUAAUCGGUUGUCUAACUGGAACAUCAGCUUGGAAUCUCAGACAUUACAAGAAGUGAAAAUGAAUUAUAAUGAACUAACAGAAAUCCCAUAUUUUGGAGAACCAACCUCCAAUAUUACUGCAUUGUCAUUGAAUUUGAGUAAUAAUAGGAUAACCAUUUUGGAGGCUGGUUGCUUUGAUAAUUUAUCGAGUUCCUUAUUAGUGGUAAAGUUAAACCGUAACAGAAUUAGCAUGAUUCCACCCAAGAUCUUCAAGCUACCUCACCUCCAAUUCUUGGAGCUUAAAAGAAACCGGAUUAAAGUUGUGGAAGGUCUAACAUUCCAAGGUCUGGAUUCCUUAAAGUCUUUAAAAAUGCAGCGGAAUGGAAUUAGCAAACUUAAGGAUGGCGCUUUUUUUGGCUUGGAUAACAUGGAAGAAUUAGAACUGGAGCAUAAUAACCUUACAGAAGUGAACAAGGGGUGGUUGUAUGGCUUGCGAAUGUUACAACAGCUCUAUGUGAAUCAGAAUGCUGUUGAAAGGAUCAGCCCUGAUGCAUGGGAGUUCUGCCAAAGACUGUCUGAACUUGAUUUGUCCUAUAACCAGUUGGCCCGCCUGGAUGAAUCUGCCUUUGUGGGUCUGAGCUUACUGGAGAGAUUGAAUUUAGGGGACAACAGAGUCACUCACAUUGCCGAUGGUGUAUUUAGGUUUCUCUCCAAUCUUCAGACACUAAACUUAAGAAACAAUGAAAUUUCAUGGGCCAUAGAAGAUGCUAGUGAAGCCUUUGCUGGACUCACAAGUCUCACUAAAUUAAUCUUACAAGGAAAUCAGAUUAAGUCAAUUACAAAGAAAGCAUUCAUUGGUCUUGAAUCCCUUGAGUAUCUAGAUUUGAACAACAAUGCUAUAAUGUCUAUCCAAGAAAAUGCUUUUUCUCAGACUCGCUUGAAAGAACUGAUUCUGAACACAAACAGUUUGCUCUGUGACUGCCAUUUGAAGUGGCUGCUUCAAUGGCUCGUUGAUAAUAACUUUCAACAUUCCGUGAAUGCAACUUGUGCACACCCCGAGUGGCUAGCAGGGCAGAGCAUCCUGAAUGUGGAUCUGAAGGAUUUUGUCUGUGAUGAUUUUCUCAAGCCACAGAUAAGAAGACAUCCUGAAACCACAGUUGCUCUCAGAGGUGUGAACGUGACUCUGACGUGCGCUGCAGUGAGCAGCAGUGAUUCACCCAUGUCUACUGUGUGGCGCAAAGACAGUGAAAUCCUGUAUGAUGCUGACAUUGAGAAUUUUGUUCGUUUUCAACAGCAAGCUGGAGAAGCUCUGGAAUAUACUAGUGUCUUACAUCUUUUCAAUGUGAAUUUCACAGAUGAAGGAAAAUACCAGUGCAUCGUUACUAAUCACUUUGGUUCUAAUUAUUCUUAUAAAGCCAAACUGACUGUGAAUGAGAUGCCUUCAUUUCUGAAAACCCCAAUGGAUCUAACUAUUCGCACCGGUGCCAUGGCCAGAUUAGAAUGUGCUGCAGAAGGGCACCCUGCACCUCAGAUUUCCUGGCAGAAAGAUGGCGGGACUGACUUUCCUGCAGCCCGAGAAAGACGAAUGCAUGUCAUGCCCGAGGAUGAUGUCUUCUUCAUCGCCAACGUGAAGAUAGAAGACAUGGGGAUCUACAGCUGCAUGGCACAAAACAUAGCAGGAGGCCUCUCGGCAAAUGCCUCACUCACAGUGUUAGAGACGCCCUCAUUUAUUAGACCCCUGGAGGACAAGACAGUAGCCCGAGGUGAAACUGCAGUAUUACAGUGCAUAGCUGGAGGGAGUCCUGCCCCUCGCCUCAAUUGGACCAAAGAUGAUGGACCACUGCUGGUGACAGAACGGCACUUCUUUGCUGCAGCCAACCAGCUUCUCAUCAUUGUAGAUGCUGGGCUAGAAGAUGCUGGGAAAUAUACCUGCAUUAUGUCUAACACUCUUGGAACAGAACGUGGUCACAUUUACCUAAAUGUCAUCUCAUCCCCCAAUUGUGACUCUUCCCAGAGUAGCAUUGGGCAUGAGGACGAUGGCUGGACCACAGUUGGCAUUGUCAUCAUCGUUGUGGUCUGCUGUGUUGUGGGCACCUCUUUGAUCUGGGUCAUUGUUAUUUACCACAUGAGAAGGAAAAAUGAGGACUACAGUAUUACGAACACAGAGGAGCUUAACCUGCCUGCAGACAUUCCCAGCUACUUGUCUUCCCAAGGAACUCUGUCUGAGCCACAGGAAGGCUACAGCAACUCUGAGGCAGGCAGUCAUCAGCAGCUCAUGCCUCCUGCCAAUGGAUAUUUACACAAAGGCACUGAUGGUGGCUCUGGAACCCGGGUUAUCUGCUCAGAUUGUUACGACAAUGCCAACAUCUACUCCAGGACGCGAGAAUACUGUCCGUACACCUACAUUGCUGAGGAGGAUGUUCUAGAUCAGACACUGUCCAGCCUCAUGGUCCAGAUGCCCAAAGAGACUUAUCUGGCACAUCCUUCCCAAGAUGCCACAACGCUGGAGAGCCUGGUAUUACCAGCAGAUAGAGAGACGUCUGCCUUUCCCACCAACCACGAGAGGGUGAAUGAGAAGACACUCGCCUCCACACAGAUGAGCAGUGAAACAUUGCAGCGGCCUCUGUGGAACGUGAGCGGAGAACUGGGCCUGCCUCCUGCUCCCUUUUCCCAGCAGCCCGGCCCUGCGUCACCACAGCCUCAUCAGCACGAGGGCCUGGCGGAGAGUGGUGCCGCUUGCUCCGCUUCCCCCACGCCCUGUCACAGGUUGCACGACCACGCUUUUGAUUUUAGUAGGACUCGGAACAUUCAAGAGGGAAGCGAGGGCACAUGAAAUAUUCUAGGAUGCAAUCUGGGCAAAGACCCAAAUUCAUUAAUUUUGUAUUUACUACCUCAGAGUUCAGAAGAAACCCCAAAGUCAGCAUUUGCUUCACUCUUUGUCUACAAUUACAUUUGACCACACCAAGGUGGGCUAGGCAUUUGUUUGGGCUUCCACCUGACAAAGAGAAGAUAAUGGCUGACAGACCUGGGUACAUGUACUAAACAGUGUGCCACAGGGGCAGAGGACGGUACAGGACAGAUGUGCUUCCUGAGGGUCCGGGGGAAUGUGCAUAUUGGGAAGAGUCUCAUUGCUGCUUACCAUGCUGAUUGUCUCAACCCGCAGAAUGAUUCUGAGAAAACAGAAUCUAUUUUGCCUUCCAAAGAACAAAAAUAACUCUGGUCCUUGCUUGGACGUGUUCGGGGAUUUGUCAGUGGUUUUAGCAGGUUUUAGCGAGCCAGUCGUUGAGGCUUUGAUAUUCAAAGUCUUUGGCAAGUAUCCCAGGCUUGACCAGCUGUUACCAGGUCAAGGAGUUUUGUAUUCAUGUGAAUCAUUUUUUUUUUUCCUUGAGGGGCGAGGGAGAAGGGGAUCCCUAUCACCCUGGAAUCUCAUUGUAAAUAUAUGUGCAUUUAUAAAUAAUUUUUUGUAUUCAUUGACCAUAAGUGUUGGCUGCAAUGUAAAUAUUUUUGAUAUGCCAAAAUUAUAUAUGACAUCUAGUUAUAAUGUUGACAGCAGCUUCUCAGACCACAGAUUUUGUAUAUCUUGGUUUAGUGAUUUUAAAGGCUGUUUAAAGUUUUAAAAAUGUAUUUGUUAAGAAGUCUAUGUAUAGAGGCAGGGUACCCAGUGAUUGGGUGCACACAAACACAGUCUUGGUGUAAUUAACCACUUACUUCGUACCUAAAGGUUCAUACAUCUACUCAUUUGCCACCUGUUUACAAGUGCCAGACACUAUUACCUUUCUAGGGUAGAAAGGCUCUUUGAAAACACUAGCAGUCCUGUCAUCACCAUAUGUACGUAAAUAAAGGAAAACUCGUUUGGGGAAUAUCUUCUUUCAACAAAGGAUUUAGUUGACGAGGAAACCAAAGAUUGUUUCUUUUCUGUUUGUUUUUUUAUAAUGUCUCUUCUACCAAUGCACAGUACAUCUUAAGAAGGGAAAAGGGCUUUUGGAAGUAGAAGGACAUGCGGAAAUGUUUACACUAUAAAGCUUUGGAGUGGUCCUUGUUUAGUACAAGUGAUUAUUUAAGCCAAAAAGUUUUCCUGAAUUUCUGAUAGCGUUACGUAAACAAAGGACUUAACACUAAUGGAAUGGACUGAAGUUGUUUGUGCUUUCAGAUUUCCUUACAUAGGCAGGCAGGCGGUCAGACUCUGUCCUCUACAUAUUGUAAGUGCUAGCUAGCUAUGUACUACACAACCUGUCACUUCAGUGAAAAUAAGUCAUUGUGCAUUUCAGGGGUUCUAAACUCACAUAAUUUCCUAGCUUUUUGCUAGAAUUUCAUGCUUGCUUUCAAUCCUAAAUCUCCCAUAGGCAGCAGCACCUCUUGAGCUGUUUCGUACCAUCAUGCCUUUCUCUUUUUCCUUUUUAAACUAUCAGCCUUUCUUCAUUUUCACUUUGAACUUCUUAAAUAUCCCCCCCCACCACCCUUCAAUUUGUGAUCCCUCUUCCUGCUUACUAGGUUGUAGUGUAAUUUGUACUGACUUAGAAUCAAGAGACCUGAUUGCAUUCCCUGCCCUGUACUUACUAGUUGUGUAAUCAGGGCCCAGUCCCUUUACAUCUCAGCCUGUUUAUGAAAUGAGGGCGCUUUACGGAUGCUCUGAAGCCCUUUCCAGCUGUAACAUUCUAUGAACCUGUGAUCCCUCCAGGAACCAAGGAGGGUUAUGCUACUCUAAUAAAAAGCUGCUUUCAUGAGAUGUUUGUUAAGUAGAACAAGAGCGAUGCUGCUUACUCUGACUUGAGCCAGACUUACUUCCUCUAUAGCAGGAGAAAUGGUAUAAGCUACACUCCUGGGAAGAAAUAUUCUGCUUCUAAACAGUGUCAGUAAACAAGGACACUGGACUGCAUUGACAAGCACCAGUGCGCUCUAGCACAGCAGGUCUGAGCGCUGGUGUUGGAAUACUCCACAGAAUCUGAAUCAGUUGGAGGGUGUGCCACCGCUAAUUUGUAACUAGUUUGUGACCUUUCUGCUGUGUUCAAGGUUAUCCCAAUAAUGAUAGUACUCUUUCUCAUAUUCUGAUAGACUUUCUUGGGUGAAAAAGGUGGAGAUAGAGCUAGACUGCAAGUGAGCAUUGGCUGUCAUGUGUGAGAGGACAAAACAGGCUGGACCAGUGCCCUAGGAAAAAUAGGUACAUGGUGCUGCCGUGGUGUUGGCAGUGGCCGUUCUCUGCAGUAUCAGUCUGUCUCCUGAUGGCCAGGGAUUCCGUUUUGUCAACUCUCAGAUAUCCCUAGCCUGUCUACUGGUACAUAACUAAAAAACUUAACGUAAAUACUAGUCAGGAAUUUGUUUAAAUGUGAAUAGCCUACCCCUGGUCUUUAAAGAAGAUAAUUUAAUAAAUUCUAAUCUUAGGAGGAAUACCUGAAACUUUUCAUUAUUGCAUCUGUUCUUGACCAAGCAGCAUUUAACUCUCUACUAUAACCCGGAUUAGUGGCUCAGCAGUGUUUCUUUCCAGCAUCGUAAUGUCUGCCUGUUGCCAAUUUAACAAGGGAUGUGGCUGACCCAGGCAAACGAAAAUGCUAGGACCCAAUUACCACUUCCUCUCAGGAGCGAUGCAUAAAUCCUCUCAUGUGUUGGUAUCCCUCAGGCCGAUUCUUCAGGCUUGCCUGGAAGAACUAGCCUUGUCCUUGAACUCCAGCCUCACUGGCACAAGCUCCACACCUAAGCCACUGGCUUUCUGUCCUUGGCAGCUUCUAAAGUGCUUUCCCUAGAAGGCACAGUACUCCGAGGACCCAGCCACGUGCACUUCCCUCCAGGUGCCAUCUCAGAAUGCUUAGGAUGCAUGUUUCUCUGUAAGGUAACUCUCAUGUUUAAAAACAGUUGCCUUCACAUUACCCAUUUGGAGGUUGUAAAAGAAACACUAAGAUGUUAAGCAACUUAGACUGAGCCAUUUUCCUAAGAAAAGGGAGAUAUGAUAAAAGUCUUUAAUUACUUUAAAAGGUUGUCCUAUGAGAUUCACUGUUUUGAUUCCAGAGGACCUGGGUCAUAUCAGUGGGGCAGCAGCUACAAGAGGUGCAGAAUACACUGGCCAGUAAUCUAUAAUAAUAAAAGCGUAAUAUGCUAAUGAGACCCGGCAGCCGAAGGAUCUUCUGGAUGAAGCCAGGGCUGCGAGGGCCAAGCCCCUUGCACGAAUUUCGUGCAUCAGGCCUCUAGUUCUAUAUAAGCUCACUUGCUAACCUAACUGUUAGAUUUAUCUGACAAUUGGAAUAAUCAGCCUUUGGGGGAAAAGUACACACGGAAGCUGAAUAAUCAUUUGCUAAUAACUUUGAGGAAAUUUCUGCCUUGAGAUGGAAUAUGGGCAAGAUGACUUUCAUUUUAUCAUUGGAAAUCUCCAGAAAAACCGUGCCCUUCAGAAUCAUUUAUAUAAAGUAUAGAGCACUUAAGAAUUUUUUUUAAACUAAAGAAUUUUGUGUUUUGGCCUAUUCUGUGUUAAUGGCUGAAAACAUGAAAGUCUGGGCUUAUUCUGAGGAAAUCUGUAACUAGUAAUUAACACAGACAGCACUACCAUAAUAAAAAGUUUAAAGCCUAUCAUGUAUUAUAUCCCUCCCUUUACUCUUUAUUUAAUUUUGAUCCCUGUUCUUAUCAGUGGGCUCCAUAUAGAAUGGGGUUGGAAUUGUAGUGUUUAAUUUUACACCGAGUAUUUCACUCAAGUGUGUGGUGGCCUGUUCUAAUCACUUGACUAUCCACAGAAAUGCCAAGAGGGUAAUGGAGCUACAGAGGUAAAUUUGCUGUCAUUUUAUGCUACGUCUUCCAUUUCAUAUUUUACUUCUUGAUGCAGAUGACAGGUAAUUGUGAAACAGUCGAGCUAAGGUUUUUUGGCAAUCUGCAAGGAAUGUUUCAUUUUUCUAUUACAUGGUCUCUUUCCAGUUCAGUUUGGCAGAUGUUUCCCCCUCCUGCUCUUCUAACCUUUUUUUGGGAGUACAAGCUACACCAACAUCAGUCAGCUUUCAUUUUCUUUCUGUUUUGGACACUGCCUUGUUUGUUGCAAAAAUAACAAGUUCUGAAUUGAGAGAUCUAUUAUAAGCUGCUCUUAUCAAAACAACACCUGAAAGCCCAUGAGUCAUCUGAAGGUUUUAUGGGUACUAAAGGGUGUGUGUGUGUGUGUGUGUGUGUGUGUGUGUGUGUGUGUGUGUGUGUUUUAAGAGUAAUAUUUGGACCUGUUCCCUCAAGUUUGUAUUGUUUAUCAGUCCUAAUAAUCUUCACCAACGGGUGGGGUGAAGGUGAAAAACAGGUGUAAGGAGUAUAGUUAUCAGCUGUAACUGUCUUGAAAGAGAAAUUGGUCAUCGUGUGGUCAACUGCUCUUAGAAUUUUCCUUCGCUACUGGAAGUGGCCUCUUGAUCCGUAGACUAUUUCUAUGUUCCCACUAUGCUCCCCCUGUGUUUCCCCACCCCCAUCAGAGGAUGUCAGUCUGAGCAGCCCUGGUACUAGAUGUCCCUGAGGAGAGUUGUAAGCCAAGUUGUUCAGUGUGGCCCUUUCCUCGUAUCUAUUUAUAUUUUCUCACACAUGAGAAUGUAUAUUUUAUAAAGCAUGUGUUUGUCUACUUGUUUGUUUACUGUGAUAUGUCUUCAAUAAAGCUAAACUACAUUAUGA